AUGGGGCUAAGACUUGCCAGCCUUUUUAUCCUAUGGCUGGCUCUUUCCUAUGCAAGGGAAUAUAAAACAGGUAGAAGCCAAAACCAUGGCCACCAUGUCUGCAGUACCUGGGGAAACCAUCAUUUCAAAACUUUUGAUGGUGAUGUCUAUCAGUUUCCGGGCCUUUGCACAUACAGGUUUGCUUCCGACUGCCGAGAGACUUACAAGGAGUUUUCUGUCCAUAUUCAACGUGGUCUGAAUAAGAAAGGACACCCUGAAAUCCAGAAUGUCCUUGUCACAAUUAAGGAUGUUAAAAUCUACCUCACCCACAAAUAUGCUGCGGUGGAUGAAGAAAUAGUAAAGACACCACACUACAUGUCUGGUAUACUGAUUGAGACCAGUGAUGUCUACACUAAAGUCUAUGCCAGAGCAGGACUGGUUCUGAUGUGGAACCGUGAAGAUUCACUAAUGCUGGAGCUGGACCCCAAGUUUAAUAACCAUACUUGUGGUCUCUGUGGGGAUUACAAUGGACAGCAGGUGUACAAUGAGUUUAUUUCUGGAGACAUGGAAUACAAUCCAAUAACAUAUGGAAAUGAACACAAGAUUAACACACCCAACUCCAUAUGUGAAGACCCAGACGAAACUCAGCAAGUCACAACCUGCCAUCAGCAUCAUGAUGAGUGCACACAGUUACUGACUUCCCAAGCAUUCAGUGACUGCCAUUCCCGCCUGAAUCUGGAAAUGUAUGUUAAUGCAUGUAUGCAGGACAAGUGUGCCUGCCAGGAAGCUGAGGAUGCUUUCUGCCUCUGCAGCACCAUCUCAGAAUACUCUCGCCAGUGCUCUCAUGCUGGAGGCCGGCCGAGGAACUGGAGGACAGAAAAAUUAUGCCCUAAGUCGUGCCCUGGAAACAUGGUCUACCAGGAAAGCAGUUCCCCAUGCAUUGAUACUUGCUCACACCUGGAAAUCAGCAACCUUUGUGAAGAACACUACAUGGAUGGGUGUUUCUGCCCAGAAGGAACUGUUUAUGAUGACCUGACUGAGAAAGGUUGUGUGGCUGUUAACAAAUGUUCCUGUAAACUACAUGGACAACUGUAUUCACCCGGGCAAAAGAUUGCCAAUGAAUGUGAAGAAUGCACCUGUGAUUCAGGCAGGUGGAUAUGCCAUGAUCUACCCUGUCCAGGGACAUGCAUGUUGGAAGGAGGCUCUCACAUUACCACCUUUGAUGGGAAGAAAUACAUCUUCCAUGGAGAGUGCUAUUAUGUGCUAACCAAGAACACUGUCAAUGACUCCCAUACCCUCCUGGCUGAGCUGGGUCCCUGUAGUUUCGAAGACAAGCAGACGUGUUUGAAGAAUGUUGUGCUGUUGAUAGACCACAAAAGAAAUAUUGUAGUUUUCAAAGCAGAUGGCACAGUGUUACUGAAUGAGCUGGUGAUUCACUUGCCCCAUGUGACAGCAAGCUUUUCAGUCUUCCAACCAUCUUCCCACUACCUCGUUGUGCAUACGGAUUUUGGUCUUAGACUACAGAUUCAGUUGCUUCCAGUCAUGCAGCUGUUUGUGAUUGUGAAUCAGACUGCCCACGGAAAACUGCAAGGUCUUUGUGGGAAUUUCAAUGGGAUGGAAGGUGAUGACUUUAAAACAGUCAGUGGACUGAUAGAAGCUACAGGCUCUGCUUUUGCCAACACCUGGAAAGCACAACCUACUUGUAAUGACAAAGUGGAUCGGUUGGAAGACCCUUGCACUCUCAGCGUUGAAAGUGCAUCUUAUGCUGAGCAGUGGUGUUCUUUAUUGAAACAUUCAGAGAGUCCUUUUGCUAAAUGUCAUUCAGUCAUCGAUCCUCUGGAAUAUUAUAAGAGAUGCAAGUAUGACACCUGCAGCUGUAAGAAAAAUGAAGAAUGCUUAUGUGCCGCCCUCUCCUCGUAUGCCAGGGCCUGUGCCUUCAAAGGAGUUAUGCUAUGGGGCUGGAGACAAACUGUCUGCAAAAAAGAAGUUGCUUCUUGCCCUGCAAGCCAGAUCUUCCACUACAAUCUGACUACGUGUCAAUACACCUGCCGCUCCUUUACUGAUGGCAAUAAGCACUGCUCUCAUGACUCCAUUCCCGUGGAUGGCUGUGGCUGCCCUGAUAACACCUACCUGAAUGAAAAGAGUGUGUGUGUGCCUAUCUCCAAAUGCUCAUGCUACUAUAAGGGAGAAUACCUAGACGCUGGCACUGUUAUUUUGAGAAAUGAAGAUCGCUGUGUUUGCCACAAUGCCAGGCUCCGUUGCACUCAAGUGAAGAUCAGAAUAUAAUUUUUUACAGGGUGUCCUCCUGGCAAGAUUCACUUUGACUGUGACAUUUCGUCUUGGAGUUCGCAAACCCCACUACAACGUAACUGCCAAACUCAGAAUAGUGACCAUUUCCAGACGGAGUGCAUCUCAGGUUGUGUAUGUCCUGCUGGAUUGAUUGAUGAUGGCAGAGGGCACUGUGUUCAGGAGAAGGAUUGUCCAUGUAUUCAUAAUGAGAAUUUUUAUUCUUCUGGAACAAACAUAACAGUGGAUUGCAACACCUGUACCUGCCAGAAAGGAAAGUGGAGCUGCACUGUUGGUGAUUGCUUUGGGACUUGCAGUAUAUAUGGAAAUGGCCAUUAUAUUACCUUUGAUGGAAAACAGUAUGAUUUUGAUGGAGACUGUGAAUAUGUGGCUGUUCAGGAUUAUUGUGGUGAAAAAAAUUCCAGUGCUUCAUUUAGUAUCCUUACAGAAAAUGUCCCUUGUGGAACCACAGGAGUCACCUGCUCAAAGGCUAUUAAAAUAUUUUUAGGGAGGACCGAACUUAAGUUGCAGGACAAAGAACUUUUGGAGAUUAGAAAAGAUCAUGGUGAGCAUGUGAAUUAUUGGACUCGGAAAGUGGGUCUGUAUCUUGUUAUUGAGGUCAGCAAUGGUUUGAUGGUUAUCUGGGAUAAGAAGACGACUGUUUUCAUCAAGCUGACCCCUUAUUAUAAGGGCAAAAUCUGUGGUCUGUGUGGUAACUUUGAUGACAAGUCCAACAAUGACUUCACAACAAGGAGCAAGCUGCUUGUAAACAAAGCUCUGGAGUUUGGGAAUUCUUGGAAACAUGACCCCCAGUGCCCUGAUGUGACAGCAGAGAUCCAGCCCUGUGAUGUGAAACCUCAUCGAAAGUCGUGGUCACAGCUCGAAUGUAGUCUUAUCAAGAGUGAUACCUUCAAAACAUGUCACCCCAAGGUGGACCCAAUUCCGUUCUAUGAAGCUUGUGUUCAUGAUGCCUGCUCCUGUGACAGCGGUGGAGACUGUGAAUGCUUCUGUUCUGCAGUUGCUGCCUAUGCUCAAGAGUGUGCUAAAGCUAUGGCAUGUGUCUUCUGGAGAACUCCUGAUAUAUGCCCAAUAUUUUGUGAUUACUACAACGCUCGUAAUGAGUGUACAUGGCACUAUGAGCCUUGUGGCCGUGAAAUUAAGACCUGCAAGAUUAUUACUAAUCCCAGUACCAACUUCUCACUGCCUUUACUGGAAGGUUGUUACCCCAGCUGCCCUCCAGAGAAACCCAUUUAUGAUGAGUACUCCAAAACAUGUGUGACAAACGAUGGCUGUGGUUGUUAUAUGAAUGAAACAUAUUAUCCACCAUCCACAGAAAUACCCACAAUAGAGAACUGUAAAAAAUGCGUCUGUGUUUCAUCAGGAAAUAUUAACUGUACAACUCUCCCAGGCUGCCCAUGCAUCAUUGAUGAAAAAAUCUAUAAUGUAGGAGAUUUAGUUGAACAAGUCAGAAAUGGAUCAAUCUGUAUAAACUAUGUAUGUGGAAAGAAUGGGUCUAAGGUUCCUGGAAGUAUCUACCCUUGUCCAACACCCACGUCUACUACAACUACAACCUAUACUACUACCACAGUUUCCCCAACAACCUCAACAAGUACAGCUACAACUACAUGCUAUGGAGAAUGCAACUGGACUAAGUGGUAUGAUGUCAGUAAACCCACAGGGGAUGAAGAUGGUGGUGAAUAUGAAACCUAUGAUGCAAUAAGGAAAAUACAUGGAGACGGUUUCUGUGAUGUUCCACGUGACAUUCAGUGCAGGCCCCAAAACGGAUUUAAUUUAAGCCUAGAAGAUGUGGGCCAGAAAGUGUCAUGUAAUGUUAGUUAUGGGCUCAUAUGUAAAAAUAAGGAACAAGACAAACUCUGGAUCCCGUGCUAUGACUACGAGAUUCAGAUUUUUUGUUGUAAAAAGGUUCCUGACUGUACUUCACCUACCACAUGGACACCCACUGUAACCACAAGCACACCAACACCCACUCCAAGCACCACUAGCACACCGACCACAACCACUAAGACAACAACACCUACGACUAUGACAGCAACAGUUUCAACUUCAAUUACAACGCAAACACCAACACCAACUACCACACUAACGCCUACACAAACAAACACUCCAACAUCAACACCUACAACAAUCACAACCACUACAAUGGUACCAACAUCUACACUGACCAGAACUACUACAUCAACUCCAGUCACCAUUACCACACCAACACCUACACCAACUUUCACCACGACUCUAAUAACACCAGGCAGUACUACCACGCUGACACCCACACCAACCACUAUUACUACAUCAGCGCCAACACCCUUCACAACAACUCAUCUUCCAACUACAACUAGUAGCACUCCAACAACAUCAAUCACCACCACUACCAGCCUGACACCGACACCUUCCACCACUGUCACAUCAACUCCAACAACCUCCAUUUCUUCAACUACAGGCUGCCAUUGCAAGUGUACCGAGUGGUUGGAUGAUGAUCACCCAAAGCUAAAGCCAGGAGAGGACACUGAGAUAAAAAAAGAAGACUAUGGGGACUAUGAACUCUUGGACAACAUCAAACGCAAGAGGCCUUACCUGUUUUGUCCAGUGGAUUGGGAUAUUUCAUGCAGAGCAGAGCAAUACCCUGAUCAUCCCAUUGAAACGUUGGGGCAAAAAGUGGAAUGCAGUGCCUCCAAAGGACUUAUCUGCAACAACAGAGACCAGGUCUGGCAGUUGCCACCUAUGUGCUACAAUUAUCAAGUGAAGCUCUGCUGUUCUGGAACCCACCCUUCCUGCUGCCUUACUACCACACCUCCGACCACACCAACGAGUACCACUACAGCAAUGCCAACCACCACCACUACCAUUGUGACACCCACGCCUUCCACCACUCACACACCAACAUCAACAGUCUCCACUUCUACAGCGACUCAAGAUACUUCAUUCACUACAACAACAUCUACAUCUACAACAAGUGGUUCUUCUACACCUUCAGCAACUCCUCCAACACCAACUACCACCAUUACUCCAAGUACGCCUCCACCAACUCCCACCACCACUACUUCAGCCACGACUACCUCAGAGUCGACCACUACCACUUCAGCAACAACUCCUCCAACACCAACUACCACCAUUACUCCAAGUACGCCUCCACCAACUCCCACCACCGCCACUUCAGCCACGACUACCUCAGAGUCGACCACCACCACUUCAGCAACAACUCCUCCAACACCAACUACCACCAUUACCCCAAGUACGCCUACACCAACUUCCACCACCACCACUUCAGCAACAACUCCUCCAACACCAACUCCCACCAUUACUCCAAGUACGCCUCCACCAACUCCCACCACCACCACUUCAGCCACGACUACCUCAGAGUCGACCACCACCACUUCAGCAACAACUCCUCCAACACCAACUACCACCAUUACCCCAAGUACGCCUACACCAACUCCCACCACCACCACUUCAGCAACAACUCCUCCAACAUCAACUGCCACCAUUACUCCAAGUACACCUCCAACAACUCCCACCACCACCACUUCAGCCACGACUACCUCAGAGUCAACCACCACCACUUCAGCAACAACUCCUCCAACACCAACUACCACCAUUACUCCAAGUACGCCUACACCAACUCCCACCACCACCACUUCAGCAACAACUCCUCCAACAUCAACUGCCACCAUUACUCCAAGUACGCCUCCAACAACUCCCACCACCACCACUUCAGCCACGACUACCUCAGAGUCAACCACUACCACUUCAGCAACAACUCCUCCAACACCAACUACCACCAUUACUCCAAGUACGCCUACACCAACUCCCACCACCACCACUUCAGCAACAACUCCUCCAACAUCAACUACCACCAUUACUCCAAGUACGCCUCCACCAACCUCCAUCACCACCACUUCAGCAACAACUCCUCCAACACCAACUCCCACCAUUACUCCAAGUACGCCUCCACCAACUCCUACCACCACCACUUCAGCCACGACUACCUCAGAGUCGACCACCACCACUUCAGCAACAACUCCUCCAACACCAUCUACCACCAUUACCCCAAGUACGCCUACACCAACUCCCACCACCACCACUUCAGCAACAACUCCUCCAACAUCAACUGCCACCAUUACUCCAAGUACGCCUCCAACAACUCCCACCACCACCACUUCAGCCACGACUACCUCAGAGUCAACCACCACCACUUCAGCAACAACUCCUCCAACACCAACUACCACCAUUACUCCAAGUACGCCUACACCAACUCCCACCACCACCACUUCAGCAACAACUCCUCCAACAUCAACUACCACCAUUACUCCAAGUACGCCUACACCAACCUCCAUCACCACCACUUCAGCAACAACUCCUCCAACAUCAACUACCACCAUUACCCCAAGUACACCUCUACCAACCUCCACCACCACCACUUCGGCCACGACUACCUCAGAGUCGACCACCACCACUUCAGCAACAACUCCUCCAACAUCAACUACCACCAUUACCCCAAGUACACCUCUACCAACCUCCACCACCACCACUUCGGCCACGACUACCUCAGAGUCGACCACCACCACUUCAGCAACAACUCCUCCAACAUCAACUACCACCAUUACCCCAAGUACGCCUACACCAACUCCCACCACCACCACUUCAGCCACGACUACCUCAGAGUCGACCACCACCACUUCAGCAACAACUCCUCCAACAUCAACUACCACCAUUACUGCAAGUACAACUCCACCAACUCCUACCACCACCACUUCAGCCACGACUACUGCAGAGUCAACUACUGCCACUCCAACAACACCAGGCACCACCACAGCCACCCUGUCACCCACACCAUCCAGUACUGUCACAACAACAUCAACAGUCUCCACUUCUGGAACUACUCCAGGCUGCCAUUGCAAGUGUACCGAGUGGUUGGAUGAUGAUCACCCAAAGCUAAAGCCAGGAGAGGACACUGAGAUAAAAAAAGAAGACUAUGGGGACUAUGAACUCUUGGACAACAUCAAACGCAAGAGGCCUUACCUGUUUUGUCCAGUGGAUUGGGAUAUUUCAUGCAGAGCAGAGCAAUACCCUGAUCAUCCCAUUGAAACGUUGGGGCAAAAAGUGGAAUGCAGUGCCUCCAAAGGACUUAUCUGCAACAACAGAGACCAGGUCUGGCAGUUGCCACCUAUGUGCUACAAUUAUCAAGUGAAGCUCUGCUGUUCUGGAACCCACCCUUCCUGCUGCCUUACUACCACACCUCCGACCACACCAACGAGUACCACUACAGCAAUGCCAACCACCACCACUACCAUUGUGACACCCACGCCUUCCACCACUCACACACCAACAUCAACAGUCUCCACUUCUACAGCGACUCAAGAUACUUCAUUCACUACAACAACAUCUACAUCUACAACAAGUGGUUCUUCUACACCUUCAGCAACUCCUCCAACACCAACUACCACCAUUACUCCAAGUACGCCUCCACCAACUCCCACCACCACUACUUCAGCCACGACUACCUCAGAGUCGACCACUACCACUUCAGCAACAACUCCUCCAACACCAACUACCACCAUUACUCCAAGUACGCCUCCACCAACUCCCACCACCGCCACUUCAGCCACGACUACCUCAGAGUCGACCACCACCACUUCAGCAACAACUCCUCCAACACCAACUACCACCAUUACCCCAAGUACGCCUACACCAACUUCCACCACCACCACUUCAGCAACAACUCCUCCAACACCAACUCCCACCAUUACUCCAAGUACGCCUCCACCAACUCCCACCACCACCACUUCAGCCACGACUACCUCAGAGUCGACCACCACCACUUCAGCAACAACUCCUCCAACACCAACUACCACCAUUACCCCAAGUACGCCUACACCAACUCCCACCACCACCACUUCAGCAACAACUCCUCCAACAUCAACUGCCACCAUUACUCCAAGUACACCUCCAACAACUCCCACCACCACCACUUCAGCCACGACUACCUCAGAGUCAACCACCACCACUUCAGCAACAACUCCUCCAACACCAACUACCACCAUUACUCCAAGUACGCCUACACCAACUCCCACCACCACCACUUCAGCAACAACUCCUCCAACAUCAACUGCCACCAUUACUCCAAGUACGCCUCCAACAACUCCCACCACCACCACUUCAGCCACGACUACCUCAGAGUCAACCACUACCACUUCAGCAACAACUCCUCCAACACCAACUACCACCAUUACUCCAAGUACGCCUACACCAACUCCCACCACCACCACUUCAGCAACAACUCCUCCAACAUCAACUACCACCAUUACUCCAAGUACGCCUCCACCAACCUCCAUCACCACCACUUCAGCAACAACUCCUCCAACACCAACUCCCACCAUUACUCCAAGUACGCCUCCACCAACUCCUACCACCACCACUUCAGCCACGACUACCUCAGAGUCGACCACCACCACUUCAGCAACAACUCCUCCAACACCAUCUACCACCAUUACCCCAAGUACGCCUACACCAACUCCCACCACCACCACUUCAGCAACAACUCCUCCAACAUCAACUGCCACCAUUACUCCAAGUACGCCUCCAACAACUCCCACCACCACCACUUCAGCCAUGACUACCUCAGAGUCAACCACCACCACUUCAGCAACAACUCCUCCAACACCAACUACCACCAUUACUCCAAGUACGCCUACACCAACUCCCACCACCACCACUUCAGCAACAACUCCUCCAACAUCAACUACCACCAUUACUCCAAGUACGCCUACACCAACCUCCAUCACCACCACUUCAGCAACAACUCCUCCAACAUCAACUACCACCAUUACCCCAAGUACACCUCUACCAACCUCCACCACCACCACUUCGGCCACGACUACCUCAGAGUCGACCACCACCACUUCAGCAACAACUCCUCCAACAUCAACUACCACCAUUACCCCAAGUACACCUCUACCAACCUCCACCACCACCACUUCGGCCACGACUACCUCAGAGUCGACCACCACCACUUCAGCAACAACUCCUCCAACAUCAACUACCACCAUUACCCCAAGUACGCCUACACCAACUCCCACCACCACCACUUCAGCCACGACUACCUCAGAGUCGACCACCACCACUUCAGCAACAACUCCUCCAACAUCAACUACCACCAUUACUGCAAGUACAACUCCACCAACUCCUACCACCACCACUUCAGCCACGACUACUGCAGAGUCAACUACUGCCACUCCAACAACACCAGGCACCACCACAGCCACCCUGUCACCCACACCAUCCAGUACUGUCACAACAACAUCAACAGUCUCCACUUCUGGAACUACUCCAGUGUCUACUAUUACUACUACAAAUUUGACCACAUCAAGUACAACCCCUUGCACUUCAGAGACAACAGAGGAGGAUACUUCAUUCACUACAACAACAUCUACAUCUACAACAAGUGGCUCUUUUACACCUUCAGCAACUCCUCCAACAUCAACUACCACCAUUACUCCAAGUACGCCUCCACCAACCUCCACCACCACCACUUCAGCCACGACUACCUCAGAGUCGACCACCACCACUUCAGCAACAACUCCUCCAACAUCAACUACCACCAUUACUGCAAGUACGCCUCCACCAACUCCCACCACCACUACUUCAGCCACGACUACCUCAGAGUCGACCACCACCACUUCAGCAACAACUCCUCCAACACCAACUCCCACCAUUACUCCAAGUACGCCUCCACCAACUCCCACCACCACCACUUCAGCCACGACUACCUCAGAGUCGACCACCACCACUUCAGCAACAACUCCUCCAACACCAACUCCCACCAUUACUCCAAGUACGCCUCCAACAACCUCCACCACCACCACUUCAGCCACGACUAACUCAGAGUCGACCACCACCACUUCAGCAACCACUCCUCCAACACCAACUCCCACCAUUACUUCAAGUAUGCCUCCAACAACUCCCACCAUCACUUCAUCAACAAUUACUCCAAAGUCAACCACCACAGUCACUACUUCAGCAACAACUUCAACUCGAGGGACUACUGUUACAACACUAGAAAGUACAACCAAAAUCAUAGCUAUUAGAACACCCACCACAACACCUCCAACAUCCUCAUCACAAAAAUCAUGUAUUAUUCCAAAUCAUCCGCCCAUUGAGGUAGGUAAAAUUGGGUGGCUGUGUAACUGCACAAUGGUAGUCUGCAUUGACAAUAACACCUUACAGACGAUUCCAGUACCCUGUGUCCCACCUGUGAAGCCCAAAUGCAGCAAUGGUCUUGCUCCUGUGCAGGUGAUGGAUAAAGAUGGAUGCUGUUGGCACUGGGAAUGUGACUGCUAUUGCACUGGUUGGGGAGAUCCACAUUACAUGACAUUUGAUGGAGUAUCCUAUAGCUAUCAAGGGAAUUGCACAUAUAUCCUGGUUGAAGAGAUUAAGAAGGCAGUUGACAAUUUUGGGAUCUACAUUGACAAUUACCACUGUGAUGCACGAGAUACAGUCUCCUGUCCACGCACACUCAUUGUGAAACAUGAGACCCAGGAAGUGCGCAUAGCAACAGUCCAAAUGAGUCCUAUCAAAGUAGAGGUACUUGUAAACCAACAAGAGGUAGCUACACCUUACCAAAAAUUUGGAUUGAAAAUCUUUGGAUCAGGCAUAAAUCAGGUGGUGGAAAUUCCUGAACUUAAGAUUAAUAUAACCUACAAUGGCUUGGCCUUUUCUAUUAGAAUGCCAUACGGCCAGUUUGUCAACAAUACCCAAGGACAGUGUGGGAUUUGCAACAACGACCCAACAGAUGACUGCAGGCUACCCAAUGGAGAAUCAGAUUGUGAAAGGAUGGCAGAUAGGUGGCAAGUUAAUGACCCUAACAAGCCAGAGUGCCAUUCAGUCAUACCAUCUACAAAAGCACCUAAGGUUACGCCCUCAGUCACAACAGCCUGCAAAGCAUCUGCACUUUGCGAGCUCCUUAUUAAGGGAAGCUUGUUUGAGGAGUGCCGUAAGUUUAUCAAACCUGAAAGAUACUAUGCAGCCUGUGUGUUCGACACCUGCACUAUUCCCAAUGCUAAGUUGGAGUGCUCCAGUUUGCAGAUCUAUGCUGCCAUCUGUGCUGACCAGGGUUUCUGCGUUAACUGGAGAAGUCGGACCAAGGGCACCUGUGCUCUUAAAUGCCCAUCACAAAAAGAAUAUAGAGCAUGUGGUCCUAUUGAAGAAAAGACCUGCAAAACAAGCCCAGAAGAACAAGACAGUAACAAAAAAGCAGAAGGCUGCUUCUGCCCCAAUGGGACAAUGCUGUAUAGUCCUGGUAUGGAUGUCUGUGUAAAAACCUGUGGGUGUGUUGGACCAGAUAAUAUACCACGAGAGUUUGGGGAGAAAUUUAUCUUUGACUGUCAGAAUUGCACUUGUCUGGAUGGUGGAAAUGGCAUCAUUUGUGAGCCUCGCCAAUGUGCUGCGCAAGAAAAUAAGCCACAAUGUACUGGAGAAGGCUUUUAUGAGGUUGUUGAAGUCAUCCCUAAUGACAUUUGUUGCAACAAAACUGUCUGCAGAUGCAACACGAACUUGUGCAUAAGCAAACCACCUAUAUGUAAACCAGGAUUUGAAGUUCAGUCCUCUAUUCCCCAUGAUGGGUGCUGUCCUCAGUAUAAGUGCAUUUCCAAGAGAGUUUGUGUAUACGACGCUGCUGAGUACCAGCCCGGUCGUCCAGUCUUUAAGGAUAAGUGUCAAAAAUGUAAAUGCACUGAGCAUAUGGAUAACAGCACUGAACUAAAUAUCAUCUCAUGUGAACCUCUUCCAUGUAACACAAAAUGUGAUCAAGGAUAUGAACUUAGUAAGCCUGCAAAAGGUGAGUGCUGUGGAACGUGUAUCCAGACAAAAUGUGUCAUGCAAACAUCAGGUGGCAAUGUCCUCAUCUUGAGUCCUGCUGAAAUCAAAAAUGAUCCAAGAGACAACUGCACUCUUUAUAGUUGUGUGAAUUUCCAUGACCAGUUCAUCUCCUCCACCUCGAAGAUUACCUGCCAACCAUUCAAUGAGCAGAACUGUAAGCCUGGUACUAUUUCCUACCUACCUAACGGGUGCUGUAAAACAUGCAUACCUCAUGAUACCCCAGCAUCAUGUUCUAUCAGUCAAGUUAUGGACUAUAUCAUGCACCAAGGCUGUAUUUCUGUGGGGAGAGUCAACGUGACUCAGUGUGAGGGAACAUGUGGAACCUACUCACUAUACUCUGCUGAGGCCAACUCCAUGAACCACAAGUGCACUUGCUGCAGGGAGUCGAUAACUAGCAGAAGGAGAGUUAUGCUACAGUGCCCUGAUGGAGAAAGGGUGAACCAUGAGUAUGUGCACGUGGAGCAUUGUGAAUGUCAAGGCACUAUCUGUGAUGUACCAGAAGGGUCUAAAAAGACCCAGCAACUGUUAGUGGAAGGGGACAGAGAGACUGCAGUGAAACGCAUCAGAAGAGCCAUCCAGAGACCAGUGAAGUGAAGGAGAUGAACAUAAUGACACACUGAUAGAGGGGCAAGAAGAGACUGUAGUAGACCUUUGUAAUUUUCCAAGAGUAAUUCAGUGCUUUCCAUUUUCCACCUCCCUCUCUUCUAAGCCCUUGUUGCACUCUAUUUAUUUGUGUAUAAAAAUGAGAGAAAAUCUUCCUUUAGGCACAUAGUCUUCUAUUUAGUUUUGCAUUGUCUGCUUUUGCUUUAAA